UGAAGUACUUUCAACCAAGAAAGACGUAAUUUUAAAAUUUAGAGAAUGUAAUUUUAAAAUUUUAGUUCCGUUAAAAUAAGUGAUAAACAUUUCAUAACUAUAUAUAAUGCAAUAGUGACACAAUGUUCUAUAAUUAAGAAAAUCGGAUAUGGCAACGUGUUCAGUAUGGCUUACUGAAGAUACUUUUAAUAAGUUUGAAAUCACGUCUAUACUUGGAUCAGUAUGUGUAACGAUGUUGGUUCCAAAACCAGCCCCGAUCAAAACAAUAAGUUAUUUAUUUCUAUCACUAGACAUCACGGUAUGGAUUUGUUUUCUAGUGUCAAUUUUCACAACGACUUUCUUCUUAAAUCAAUUGAAUAGUUUCUACCAAAGUAAUAUUAACGGUUUAUCUGAAACAAGUUUAUAUUUUGAAGAUAUAACACAAUGUUUUCUAACGAUCUUGAACAUCACAACUUUGCAUGGAUGUAAUUAUUUUCCUCGCAAUAUUUCUUUGAGGUGUUUACUGCUUGGUUGGAUUUUAUGUAGUAUGAUAGUGACUACAGCAUACUUUACUGGAUAUUCAUCAUUUUUAACUCAACGUAAAUAUACAGAGCCAAUCCGCACUCUCGAAGAUAUGACAAAAAGAGAUGAUAUUUAUUGGGGAGAACAUUACAAGAAAUUACCUUUCUAUUUGGAACUGGAAGCUUCACCUCACAAAUAUCUGAGGGAUUUUUUGAAACGAAAUAAACCAGAGAAAAGUUUUGAGCAACGACUACAGCGAAUUCGCGAGGGCCACUACGCAAUAUUUUGCCAAGUGCAAGGUAACAGAUAUGUAAUGGAUGUCGAAAAUGUAGAAGAAAUAUCUUCAUACGUACAAAUUGUAGAGGAUUGUAUCUCCAAAUAUUUUACUUCUUUUGCAUUAAGCAAACGAUCAAGAUUUACCCAAUUGUUGAACAAAUACAUAAGUCGUCUUGUUCAAUCAGGAAUUGUAAAACAUUGGUUAAAUGACAUUAUACGUAAAUUAAAUCGUACCUACAUGUACAGGUAUUUUAAUUCACACAAUGAACACGUUGAUCCAACACCUUUGACUAUGUUUAGCUUGUCAGCGAUGUUUUUUAUAUUAGUGGUGGGGUGGGUAAUUGCUUCAAUAGUAUUUUUGAUUGAAGUUUUACAAAGUCGUUACGAUUUUGUAUGUAUAUGAUUUCGAAACAUUUAAAUUGUUAUCUU